AUGUUUCCGGCAUGGCGUUGGAACUGGCAUGCUUGUCUGUUUGGGUGGAAGCCGAAGAUUCCCCGCCAUGUCAGCCAACCUGUGAAGUGGACUGGCUCAUUGCGUGAGUGGCAGGCCAUUUGUUGUUUUCUUCGAGGCCUCAGGUGGCAAGAAAGUCUUGACAGUGUUACCUCGCUUUGUGAGCUGACGGUACUUUUCCAUCAACAGGGACGGUGCCUUGAUGGGGAUCCCCAGCCUGCAACGUAUUUCGAGUACCGUAAGAAGAUCCGUUGUGCUGUGAACCUUUUGGCCACGUGCGAUGAGGCUCAAGUCUUUGCAGGCGCCUUCUCGACUACGUUGGCAAAAGCUGCCGGACGAACCAUGCCAUAUAGGGUCAAUCAUUGGUGCCCAAGUGUGAGAGCAGCAACUCCAGCACCUUUUCUCAAGUAG